UUUCAGAAAACUUUGAAUCGAAAGUAGGGUACCUAUAUUGUUGGACUUCCUGGCAAAAUAAUUAUUUACACAAAUGGAUAAAAACUAUGAAGAUAUUUUAGAGACUUUGAAGAGUCACUCAGAAAGGAACAGUCAUUUCAUUACACAACUUAAGCAGCUGGAUCCUAGUAACCAAGGUUAUAUGCGCUAUUGGAAUAGUAUACAGAAUAGAUUGGGUAGACCAAAAAAGCCGACAUUAAAACAGCAUGAUACAUCGACAAACCCUGAUUCUCCUCAAUCCAAUCAGACUGAGGAAGUAAAUACUGUUCAUGACAUCAUCCAGGAUAUAAGACAAAGAAUACAGAUUCUUGAUACGGAAACAGAACAAGUGGUUCAAAGGUUAUCAGAUUAUGCACGUGUUGUAUCAGAGAAAGCUGGAGAGUCUACAGUCGUACAAGUGUAUGAACGAGAUGGGAAUACGGCAGAAUUUGUAACUGCAUUGAAAAAUAGACUACCUAAAAGAUGUAUACCUGAUGUGAUAGAGAAAGUGUCUGAAAUUGACGUCAAUAAACCGCUAAUAAUAUUAUGUCAGAGAAGAUCUAGAUUGAUGCCAGAUAUAAACUACUCACUGGAACUUUUUGAUGACCUGAAUUCCUUUACUCGACUGGCUAUUGUGAUUAUACACAGUAAAGAAGGGCACGCAUUACCUACAAAUUCGUCGCAGGGUAAACUCGACGAUGACGAAAAGUUCAAGAAUAUAUGGAUUAUAGACGUUGCAUUCACGAAUGUUUUGAAAUUUUAUGAUUGUAAGAUGAACAAUGAGGCUAUUACUGCGUUAGAAAACUUUAUUAAAAAUGAUACACCCAUUUAACUGUGAUUUAGUGAUUAUGAUAGCUUUCUUAUUAAAAUAGUGUUUAUUGUCAGAGAUAGUCAAACAAAACUACAAUCAGAAAUGAAUGAAUAAUGUAGAUCUUCAAAGUGUUGAGUAGAAUAUUGGUCUGGAUUGUAUAUUGAUAGAUAAUUAGUAAAUGGAUUUUAAUUGGAAUGAUAAGCCACCGAAAGUGUGCACAUAUUGUACUUACAACGGUCGUCCAUCUAGAUAACCAUUAUCCACUCGCUGUUUAUUUUAAUUAAACUAACGCCUGUUUGUAAUUGCAAUUUUAGAAAUGACUUUGAAAUUUACAAAAAUAUCAGGCAAAGCGGAUAUAAAGAAUAAAUCUUUCAUAGACUUGAAAGAAAAAACUUAAGAUAGUAGUACUGAAAAAACUAAGAUAGUAGCACUGAAAAAACUAAGAUAGUAGUAUCAAAGUUUUGUCUUUUUCUUUUGUUGUUACAAAUAAAAAUUGGUUGACGGUAGA